AUGGGCAAUGGACAAGACAGCCAAUAUAUUUCAGCAAACUUUGGUGCAAAAGUUGCUAGCCUAAGUAUGAGCAAACAGAACUCAGACAAAUUAGAAAAUUUUCAAGGGUUAAAAAUCAAUUGGGAGAACAAAUUAAGCAUAGUUACAUUUUCAAUGUUAUCAAAAUCAGGUGGCACGGUGAGCCCUCAAAAAGAAACUAAAAUAGCUUCAACCCACUACCUGAUUCAACUGCAUUACAUAAUUUCCCUACACAAAUCACUAUGUCGUCGUCCACUACGGAAUAUUUUGGUUUUUUCACCAUUUCUUUUCCUCCUACCCCCUCUUUAUGUACAAACAAAAUAUUAA